AUGCUCGACCUAAACGACAACCGUGGCACCAAACGCCGAUAUCCUUCCCCCCACGCGACUGACGACAACGAAUUGGAACCCCCGCGCGUCCCUCUCUUUUCCAUGCCCCUGACCAAAAGCCGCAAACUCAUUCGGUUUCCCUACAUCACAAUGCUCUCCGCUAAGCAAAACACCCCGCGGCCGACCAAGAGGGUAAAAUGGAACAAGGAACCAACCCACUGGCAAACAACAGAAGGCGACUUUGUGGACGGCACCGUCCUCCACCCCUCCGACGACGAGGAUUCCAACUCCAGCUCCGAAACCCUGGAGAAAGGAGUCUCAGGAGGCUCAAACAACACCUCCGCCUCCUCGGACGGUACGGACCCAGACCUAGUCAUGCUCGACGGCAGCCCCUGCUCCUCCAAAGCCGAACUCGCCUGGCUCCCGAACAAGCGGUCUGGACCUGGACCCUUGGGAUUCCUCUCCGAACCGGCUUUGUACCAGACCAUCGACGAAGCGGUGCAAAUGACGUUGAAAAGACGGCUGGUUCCGCAUCUGAAUGUGGUCGAGAAGAUGGUGGAGCAGAAUUCGGCUGACGCACUGGAGAGGAUGCGGGAGAGGAUACGGAUCUCUUAUCAGUUGGAUUAUGAAAAGUUGGAGGAGCAGGUGAGGAGGGCGAAGAGGGCGUGUAAAGAGCGGGAGAGGGAGAUUGAGCGGUUGGUUAGGGAGCGGGAGGGGAGGUAUUGGGGUGAUACAGUUGAGAGUCAGGGUGGGGAGGGGGAGGGGGAGGGGGAGAAAAAGUCGGAGGAGCAAAGUCUGGAGAGGGUUCGAAGGAUGUUUGUUGAGUUCAGGGCAAAGGUGUGGGAGUUUGUGGGUAGUUCUGCGCUGCAGUUGGAGACGAAGGGGGCGAAGGUGACAGAGGUGGAUAUCAUGCGCUUGCCGUGGGUGCCGGAUAAGCAGCUGUUUGGGAACGCGUCGGUGGAGGUGAGGAGGUAUUUGGUUAUGGCGGCCGUGUUUCAGGUGCUGUAUUCGAGGAUUUUGAGGCCGGGGCAUAGGACGUUUGGGGCCGAGUUGGAUGGGGAGGUGGAUGAGAGGGGGGAGACGGGGCGGGUGGAGAGGCAGUUGGAGGAUAUUGAGGGGUAUUUGAUGAGGCAUGAGAAAGUGGGACAAAAGAGUGAAGCAAAAUGGCGAGCGGUUAACAUCAACCUUUUCAAGCAACUUCGUCAGGGGGUGUUGACAGCUGAAGCGAAGAGUGCGGCGCAAACGUUAAUCGGGUACCUUGAACCUUUGAUGAAGUUCACUUUCGCCCGGAACAAGAAACUGGUUGAGAAGACCAUCGAGCAACUCUGCGAACAGGCUUUGGAUCUCAAACUGGCGAUUAGGAAGUCACCAGUCCCAUUACAGAUCGAAAUUGCUUCGAAGAGCACCGACGAGGAAGACGACGAAGAUCCUCCCGAAUGGGAACCGAAGGUGGACAAAUCUGGAAAGGCGUUGAUCCACCCGCGAUGGCACGAGAAAAUGGGCCAGCUAAAGCUAACAACAGAAGGAAAGGAGGUCAACUCAAGGGUCAAGUACAUUGCUUUCAUCCCCUUCGGAGCAUUGGCGAGAUGCGAGCCUAACGAACCUAAGAUGGUUGUGGAAAGGGCAUGGGUUAUUGGAAGGACCUAGCCGUGGUCAUCUCGGGCUGAAGACGGCCGUGAAGCUUCCGUACCUAGCUGUCGUCAACAGUGGAGUUCACGCGGCCCCGAGCCGCUGGUUCGGGAGUCAACCCGGGGCUGUGUGUGCUCCACAGCCAC